UUUACAUGGCCAUUAAAAAGUCUAUCCACUCCAAUCUCUCUUAAAAUAUAACAAUGACAAAACAACUUGGCAAUUCCAUUGCCUUCUCUUUCAGUUCCCUCUUUCAUAAUUUACUGUUUAUUAUACUAUUUGGACGACCUUCUAGCUUUAUAUUUCCCUGCCAAGCUACAUGCAGAAAAGUUGACCGUGACUCCCUUCUAGCCUUCUCCUUUGGUGUCUCCAGUUCCAAUCCUUUGAAUUGGUCUUACUCCAUCGAUUGUUGCAUGUGGGAAGGUGUCAGUUGUGAUAAUAAUGAUCGGGUCAUCCAUCUGUUGCUGCCAUCAAGAGGACUUGUUGGAAGCAUAUCUCCUUCUGUUGCAAACCUCAGCCAUCUCUCUCAAUUCAAUCUCUCGCAAAAUAGGCUAUCAGGUCCUAUUCCAGACGGAUUUUUUAUGGCUUUAAAACGCCUUGUUGUCGUUGAUUUGAGCGAAAAUCGACUAACUGGAAAGUUGUCGGAUUUUGAUAAGCUGAUGAGUACAGUCAAAACAGUGAAUUUAUCCAGUAACCACUUCCAGGGAACUAUCCAAUAUGCAUUUUUCCAGCAGGCCGUGAAUCUGAAAAGCUUUAGCGUCAGCAACAACAGCUUCUCCGGUCCAAUUCCUUCGUCUAUCUGUGAAUUUUCCGCCUCAAUCCAGCAUCUUGAUUUCUCACGAAAUCUCUUUUUUGGUCCGAUUUCCGAAGGUUUUGGGCAGUGUUCCAAUUUGCAGUUUCUACGAGCAGGUUUCAAUAAUCUAUCUGGAGAUGUUCCUAGCGAUAUCUACACAGUUUCAUCACUGCAAGAACUGUACUUGUCUGCCAAUACGCUCUAUGGUCCGAUCAGUGGAAGCCUUGUUAACCUCAUUAACCUUAGAAUCCUUUCACUCUAUGAUAAUAAAUUGACAGGAACCAUUCCUCAAGAUAUUGGGCGGCUUUCCAACCUGGAAAACUUGUUCCUUCGUAAAAAUCUACUAAAUAGCACUCUGCCCCCAUCUCUUGCAAACUGUGCAAGACUUGUGAUGCUGGAUUUAAGUUUUAACUUCCUUGAAGGUGAACUUUCUGCAUUCGAUUUCUCCAAAUUCAUUCAGCUUAGGUCAAUUGACCUGGGGAAUAAUUUAUUCAGUGGUAGAUUGCCAGCAAGCCUUUAUUCAUGCAACAAACUGACUGCAAUUCGCCUGGCCGUUAAUAAACUAAAUGGUGAGAUUUCGCCUGGCAUUAUGGGGUUACCAUCUCUGUCUUUCUUAUCCCUUUCUAAUAACAGCCUAAACAAUAUCACAAGUGCAAUACAAAUCCUAUCAGGGUGCAAGAACCUCAGACGAUUAUUACUCCCACUAAAUUUUUAUGAUGAGUCAUUGCCUGACGAUGAUAGUUUGAUACGAUCUGAUGGGUUCCAAAAUCUCCAAGUCCUGGCUUUAGGUGGCUGUAGACUCACUGGUCAAAUUCCAAUGUGGUUAUCUAAAUUAAACAAGCUGGAGGUUCUAGACCUAUCGCUUAACAACAUCACAGGCUCCAUUCCGGGUUGGUUUGGCGAUCUUCCAAACCUUUUCCAAUUACAUUUGUCCCGCAAUCUUCUCUCAGGACAAUUCCCAGUGGAACUCGCAGGACUAAGAAGACUAACCACAAAACGGAGUACAGAUCAAGUAGACCAAAGUUAUUUAGAGUUUCCUAUCUAUAUUGAGCCUAAUAAUGACUACGAUCUGCCAUAUAAAAAGCUCUCUUACCUGCCACCAGCAAUAUAUAUCAGGAGUAACAGUAUCAGUGGUACCAUCCCAACUGAGAUUGGCCAAUUGAAGUUUAUAACAGCCCUGGAUCUCAGCAACAACAAUUUCUCUGGCAGCAUUCCUGACACAAUAUCUAAUCUCACUAACUUGGAAAAACUGGACCUCUCUGGCAACCAUCUUUCUGGUCAAAUUCCUGCAUCAUUCAAGAAUCUCUAUUUUCUGUCUAGUUUCAAUGUUGCCUACAACAAUCUUGAUGGUCCUAUACCCGUUGGAGGCCAGUUUGACUCAUUUCCCAAUUCAAGCUUUGAAGGAAAUCCCGGUUUAUGUGGUAAAUUUUUGCCACGCUCUUGCAGUGGUCAAUCGGAAACUACCCUUCAGAAAGGAACAAAGAGAAAAAUCUUUAAUUGGCUAAGCUUUGGGAUAGGUUAUGGAAUUAGCUUCAUCCUGGCAGUGCUAGCAGGUUUGAAAUUUUUGUGAGUUCAAAUGCUAAUAAUAAUCACGUUUAUAUUAUCAUAAAAAGGGAGAGAUUUAAAAUCCGAUAUUCAGUUUCUUGAUUGACUUCGAAUUCACGAACUUUCGACUUUUUAAUUCAAGAAAUUUCGGGUUUUA